AUGCAACCCCGAGCGUCCUGGUCACGCAUCAUCGCGCUCCUGUGCGGCUCGGCGCUCAUCCGCCCAGCAGCCAGCUUAGAAUGCCGCCCCGAAGGUCCCAUAUUCCCUAAGCCAGACCUCACCAAGUCGGCAACAUUCGACGCGGCCAUCGGAAAGCUCGAAGCGACCAUCAACUCCGCGAUAGCUGGAGAGAUAAAUGCAGGAUGGAACGUACCAAACACGACAAUCUCAGUUGCAUUCGUAGCCAAGGGUCAGAAGAGUCCCGGAGAGCCUCUAUGGGAGUAUCACCAUCUCGCGGAGAACACCGAGUUAGGCACGAAGAACCUUGAUCGGAAUGCGCAGUAUCAGAUUGGGUCCGUUUCGAAAGCCAUUACGGAUGCCGUGUUGAUUAGGAGCAAUCUGAACCUGGAUGAUCCAAUUACGAAAUAUCUUCCUGGGUUGGGAGGAUCGCCGUCUUUGAUUCCUUGGGAUACCGUUACUUUGCGGGCCCUUGCGUCGAAUCUGGCUGGCAUUCCGCCGAAUUAUGGAUAUUCAGAGUUCUACUACCUCAAGGACAUGUUCGAGGACCUCGGACUACCGCCAAUACCAAACAGUGACUAUCUCAUGUGCGAUGUUUUCGGCCUCAACCUUGGGUGCGCAAAGUCACAAUACAUCGUUGGGCUUAAAGACUCACACCCAGUGGCUCCUCCAAUGCAGCGUCCCGUCUACUCUAACGUCGCCUUUACCCUCCUAAUGUACGCUGUCAGCGCCGCCACGGACCAGACCUACAGCCAAGUGCUCUACGAGUACAUCACAGGUCCCCUCGGAAUGGUAAACACCUACGCAAGCCCGGGCCUCCUCAACUCGUCCGUUGUCCCGCCCGUAGACAACAGCUACGGCUUCUGGUUCGGUGACGCUACCCCAGGAGGCGGUCUCGUGUCAUCGCUGUCCGACCUCACGAGUUUCGUCUACCGCAUCAUCACGUACACCAUCUUCGAUAGCCCGAUGGCGGUCCGGCAGUGGCUCCAGCCUCGGUCGUUUGCCGGAAGUCGGCACUCGUUCUUCGGCAUGCCAUGGGAGAUUUACCGACCUCCCCCCAACGCGGUAUUUCCCAAUUACGAUCCAGAGACGGAGACCGGAGGUCACACGUUUUCUGUGUUUACCAAGGAUGGAGCCGCGUACGGUUAUCGAGCGCGAGUAUCGAUUAUCGACGAGUACAGCGUUGGGCUGGUCAUUUUGGCGGCAGGUGACUCCAGUGCUGUCACCAUCGUGAACGACGCCAUGAUUGCAACGCUCAUCCCGGCCAUUCAUCAAGCGGCAAGGGAGCAGACGGGAGAACUAGGAUAUGUGGGGACAUUCACUGGAUGUUCUGACGCUGCAUUCAACGGGACGAUAGCCAUCGACGAGAACAGCCUAGUUCUAGACUCGCUUAGUUACAACGGCUCAGAUAUCAUCCACGCCUUGAGGGAAAUAUUCGGCGUCACCUACAAGAAUUUAAUUCCAAACUACGAGCCGGGGCCUAUCUUGCGUUUAUACCCAACCGAGGUCGAAGUGGAGGAUGAGACGGAUGACCGAAACGUCGUCAUUCGGGAGGAUUGGCGUUUCGUUUGGGACGUGAAGAGGGAGAGGACGAGCGACUUGCCCGGCCAAACGGUCAGCUCUUACGAUUGCCUUGCGUGGGAGGCUGUCGAUUGGAUUUACUACGGGAGUGAGGCAGUAGACCGUAUCGUGUUUGUCAAGGAUCCGCGGACGAGUGAAGUGCUAUGGAUGGAGGUUCCAUUUUUGAGGAGUCGGGGGAGCCGGGGUAGUGAAUGUGCCCCGGCUGCAACGCCGAAAGCUGGGGGCGGAGACGAGGAUGGGGAACCGAGCGGGGAAGAGGGUGAUGAGGUCGGAGAGGAGGUCGGCGAUGUGGAGGACAAGCCUAAUGAGGGGGUUGAGCCAUAG